AUGGAUCCUACUUAUCUAAAUGUGUUCAACCUUGUAGAAGACGUAGAGAAGGGAACUGCAUAUAUCUCUUUUAAUACAUACAACAGCUCCCCUGUCACAAAUCUGGUGAUUUCACCUGAAGGCGUUUUAAAGCAAAUGCGUAAGAGAGAAGGCAAAGAUUGGGUUUGUGCCAAAGUCAGAGGAGGAGUGGCGCAAAGAAAUCUGGACUGGAGGCUUGGUCAGAAUGCUGACAAUUGCCGCAUAUGGUGCUUGAAUAACUGUUCUUGCUUGGCAUAUGCACAUGUAAUUGGAAUAGGAUGUUUGGUCUGGUCCAAAAGCCUUGUUGACAUCCAACAGUUCUCCUUUGGUGGACAACAACUUUUCCUCCGUCUCGCAAAUUCAGAACUAGUUGGUGAUAACAAGACACGAAAAACCAUCUACAGUGUUGUAGCUGUUUCUGUCGUUACCAUCUCUGGAACCAUCUUAGUUUUCAUUUUCCAUAAGCGCAGAGCUGAUGAAAGGGGAAACAUGAAAGAUGCCAAGGAGCACUUUCAUUGGAUUGGGACAGUUCAUACUUCAAGUGACACUCUUCAGUGUGUAGACCGAAACGAUCCAUCUGAUCUACCUCUGUUGGACUUCGAUAGCAUAUCAAUUGCCACAAACUUCUUCAACGCAGCAAACAAACUUGGGCAAGGAGGAUUUGGUCCUGUGUAUAAGGGAGAGCUGCAAGAUGGAAGGGACAUAGCAGUCAAAAGACUAUCUAGUAGCUCAGGGCAAGGGGUUGAAGAGUUUAAGAAUGAGAUUAUUUUGAUCUCUAAACUUCGACACAGAAAUCUUGUUAGGCUCAUGGGUUAUUGCAUUGACAGAGAAGAGAGGUUGCUAAUAUAUGAGUUCCUGCAGAACAAAAGUUUGGACACUUUUCUUUUUGGUUGGUUCUUUAAGCCUUUAUUACUGAUGGCUCUCAGUUUUGUGAUUCUAGCAUCUCUUUCAUACCUUAAGAAAAUAGACGGAUGGUGUCUUUCUUUUAUCUGA